AUGAUUAACAUGCUGAAGCUGAGUUAUGUUCCUCACUGUUGUAGUUGGAUCUAUGCAGCUGGAGAUGCUGUACCUGCCCUGGCUGUGUCGGAGAAAGGCAACAAAAUAUAUAUCUAUGAUGGAAGGGGGUCAGAUGUGCCUAUUGAAACACUGGAAAAAAUCCACUAUAAACAAGUAGUUGUAAUCAAGUACAACCCAGUGUAUGAAGUAGCAGUCUCAGCAGAUGAGAGUGGAAUGGUAGAGUACUGGACAGGACCAAAAUCUGACUACAACUUCCCAAAAAAUGUCAGCUGGGAAUAUAAGACUGAUACAGAUUUGUAUGAGUUUGCAAAGUGUCAGACUGUACCUACGGGAGUUACCUUUUCUCCGAAUGGGAAACUGAUGGCUACCAUUGCUAAAGACAGAAAAGUGAGAAUAUUUAAAUUUGCAACUGGUAAACUCUAUAAAGUGCUUGAUGAAUCAUUGAAGACAUUUACAGAACUUCAACAGACACGGCAGCAGCUACCAAACAUGGAAUUUGGUCGUAGAAUGGCCGUAGAGAGGGAUCUUGAAAAGUCUGAUGCUUUUUCACGUUGUAAUGUUUUGUUCGACUCGAGUGGAAACUUCAUUAUGUAUGGUACAAUGUUAGGAAUAAAAGUUAUUAAUCUCUACACCAACCAGUGUGUCAGGUUUAUAGGAAAACCAGAAAACAUUCGUUUUGUCCACCUGUCCCUGUUCCAAGGGUCCGUGAAGGGCACAAAGGCGGCUCUGUCUGCCGAGAUGGAGGCUUCUGACAACCCAUCAUUACAAGAAGUGAAAUCUGAUCCCACCCUCUUCUGCACUGCCUUUAAAAAGAAUAGGUUUUAUAUGUUCACAAGAAGAGAGCCAGAUUCUAAAAGUGCUGAUGCUGAGCGAGACAUAUUCAAUGAAAGACCCUCCAAAGAGGACAUCGUUGCUGCUACACAGGAUGCCUCUUAUACCAGAGUGGCCAGUACUGCUGUGAUCUAUACCACCAUGGGGGAUAUACAUAUAAAACUAUUUCCAAAAGAGUGCCCAAAAACAGUGGAAAACUUCUGUGUUCACAGUCGGAAUGGUUAUUACAAUGGGCACAUAUUUCACAGGGUCAUAAAAGGUUUUAUGAUUCAAACUGGGGAUCCUCUAGGUAUUGGUGGUUGUGGAUUUUAG